AUGCGGCCGAUUUCACAUUUUUGGCAAGAACUUAUUGUUGCUAUAACACCAGCAUUUGCUGCUUUUGGAUCGCUGUUUGCUGGAAUGUGUGGUGAUCGGUUUGGAAGGAAAAAGCUGAUUACAGUAAGCUCUAUCAUAUUCGCUUUUGGAGCUGUGAUAUGUGCAGCGGCGGUUGGAAAAAUGUCAUUGCUUUUUGGACGGAUUUUACUGGGAUUGGCUAUUGGUAAGUUAUAAAAAUAAAUAAGAACAAGCAAUGUAACGUCAAGUAAGGUAAGAUAAGGUAGUGUUAUAAAUACAAGGUAGGCAAGGCAGGGUAUGGUACAGAAAGGUAGGUUAGAGUAAACCAGGGCAGCGAUAAGCAGUAUAGGGUAAGUGUAGGGUAUGUGAAAAGAAGGGGGAGGGGUAAAUUAGUUAGGGCAAAUAGCGUAGCUUAGGGUAAGAUAAAGAAAGGUAUAUAGCAUACAUUGAGACAUGAUAGCACAAGAUAGCAUAAAGUAAGGUAGGGUCCAGUAAAGCAAGGGGUAGGGUAGGGUAGGGUAGGGUAGGGUAGGGUAGCACAACUUUUAAAAAUCUGCUCUACCUGAAUAAAUUAUCACAUUAAUUUAGGAGUAGCCUCAAUGAUAGUCCCAGUGUACGUAGGAGAAUGUGCGCCAACUCACGUUCGUGGUAAAUUACUGAGUGGCUUCAAUAUGAUGGUAUGUUUUGGUCAAAUGGCAUCGAAUGUAGUGGCAGCUGGCUUUUCAUACAUUGAUGAAGAUGAGAUCGGGUGGAGGUUGAUGUUUGGCUUUGCUGCUUUACCUGCCAUUGUUCAGUUCGUUGGCUUCUUGUUUCUACCAGAAAGCCCAAGGUGGCUCUAUAACAAUGUCAACGAGUUCAGUAGUCGAGAGGUGAGGUUUUAAAUUUUUUUAAAUUAAACUUUUUUUUUGAAAUUUAAAAAUUUAAAAAAAAUUUUUUAGGUAUUAAAAAAGGUAUACGCGGAAGACGAGGCUUGGGUUGACUAUGAAAUUCAAGAAAUUGCUGUUUCUCAUCAAAACAGCACCAUCAACAGUGACCAAAGUGUGUUUUGGAAUGUCAUAUCGACUCGGCAUUUACGAAAAGCUCUACUUAUUGGAUGUUCUCUUCAAUUCUUUCAACAACUGGCUGGUAUUAAUACUUUAAUGUACGUUUUCAAUUGUUUUAUACGGCUUAAAAUAGCAAGAACUUAUUUUACGAAAAAAAUACUGGCAAGAACUUUCUUUACAAAACAAAAAAUGGCAAGAAUUUUGUUUACAAAACAUGAAAUGGCAAGAACUUUCUUUAAAAAGCAUGAAAUAGCAAGAACUUUCUUUAAAAAGCAUGAAAUAGCAAGAACUUUCUUUCCAGCGCUAAAGCUAGUAUUUUAGGUACUACACUGGCUCUCUCGUAAAAUCAGUAGGUGUAGCUGACAAUCACACCACAAUUUGGGUAUCAUGCAUAAUCUCAGGAGUCAAUUUCAUUGGCAAUUUUAUUCCUUAUUUUGUUAUUGAGAGAAUCGGACGUCGCAAAGCUUUAUUGACCAGUAGUUUAGCCGUAGCUUUGACAUUAAGCGCUUUGGGCACGGCAUUUUUAAUGGUGAAUCGAGAUACAAUGGGUACGAUAAGUUAUGAUGAGAUGGAACAAAUUAUUGGAGUGAAAGAGCCGUUAACUGGAGAUGAGGCGCUCGCUAGACAUUGUUUGGCAUUGAGGUAGGAUUAAAUUUGAUUUUAAAAUAAAAUUUAACAAAAAUUUAGUAAUUUUAAAAUAAAAAUUUAAUAAAAUGUGUUGUGAGGCUUUCGUAUUUUACAAAAUCUUAUUUUUUAUCACUUUUGAAGCUUACUUACAAGCCAUUAAAGUGUUUUCAUAUCUAAUAUUAUCCUUGGCGAAGGUGUGCAUUGGUGGUUCGGUGGUAGAAUGCUCGCCUGCCACGCGGGCGACCCGGGUUCGAUUCCCGGCCAAUGCAGAUGUUUUUUUGCGUUUUUUCAAAGCUUUUAGGUAACAAAACGUUUUCAAAUAGGUGUUUGAAAGUUAGAGAAACGUUAAUUUUAAUUUUUUAAUUUUUUUUUGUGUUUACUUUUGGCAUAUUUUUGGCUUUUUUCUCGAAAAAUCGACGAAAAUUAGUAAAAAAAGAGUAAACAAUGGCAUUUUUAAGCGUUUUUUCAUUGUAAAAUGACUUUUGUUAAAAAAAACAGUUAUAUAGAUACUAAAAGUAAAACACAAUAUGUAAUUUUGUAUCAUAACACCUACUGUAUGUCUUAGAAUUCAAAAUAGUCUUCAGUAGAACAAUGCUUAUACCUAUAACCUGAUUACGUCUCUAUAUUUGAGAACAGUAAUGUAAAGCAUAUUUAUUUGACUUAUUUUAUUGUAGCGGAUAUUUGACAAAUAAUCGCUUUUCGAACGUUUUUUCCACGUUUUUUUUCGAAAUGUUUGAGCAAACAGUUAACAACUUUGGGGUUAGAGGGAACGAGCGGUAGUUUAACAUGGUGUUUGGUUUACUCAGUAGAUGUGAGUCAAUUUAAAAAGUAUUUUUGUGUAGAUAUUGGAUUUAAAUUGGGAGAUUUGUGGGAUAUUGGUUUGGGUUGGUAACUGAAAUUACAAUUUAGUAAUAUGGCAUACAUGGCUGGGAGGGUUAAGUUUUGUUUUUCAAUGACGGGGUAGAGGGUGGUAACAAAAAAAUCUUAAAGUUGGUUUAUACAGGCAUUGCCAAUGAAGCUAUGAUUAAUUCUAGGGCUCUAGCUAGAGCCAAAGCUAGAGCUAGAGCUGGAGCUGGAAUUAGAGCUUGAGCUAGAGCUAGAGCUAGAGUUAGAACUAGAGCUAGAGCUAAAUUAAAAAUAUAAUGGACCUAAAGGUCUUGCCUAGAAAACAUAAUGAACUUAAUGGCCGCAUCUAAAUUCUUCGAAUACGUAUAUAAACGUCAUUUUAUCAUAUCUUUACUACUACUCUAUCUUGUUUGUAGUUUGCGUGAUGACAAGAACACUAUAAAAUACGUUGAAUUUUUAAAGAAAUGCACCGGUAUAUAAGGUUUCAAUAGAAGAACUAGGUUUAUUAUUGUCUAGUCUUCUUUUUUUGGGCUGCUGUAUUAGGCUGUUCGGAAAAGAAUGGCCGAUUAACUCAUCCUGUUGGGCUAAAAAUUUAAUGUAAUAUACGAGGCUUCGAAAUUUUUGUUUUUAUUUAUAUUUUUUAGGUUGUUCAAAUAAUUAUGUGCCUAUUAACUUAAAAAAUUUGCUUUGAUGGGGUGCACAGAAUUAUUUAAGCAACUUUAUUGUAGUUAUACAGCCAAACUCAUAUAUAACAAAUUGCUCGGGACUUUUAAACUUAAAUUAGCUUUGAGAAGGGGCACAGAAUUAUUUGAAUUACUUGAUAGUCGACUUAAACCCUUAAUACCUUUUGAAGUUGAAAAGUCUUAUCUUCUAAGCCUAAAAAAAACUUUUAAAAAAAUUUAAAUUGCAAACCUUUUUCCCCUUUUACAGUAACUGUGACUACUGUGUAACAGACGACCGUUGUGGCUUCUGUUCAACUUCUGACUCCAAAUAUGGCCUUUGUCUACCAUUAGACCCACUACAUCCAGAUCAACAAUCUUCUACUGGCUUUUGUAGCCCUUCCUUCAACAGUACAGUACCUACAGUAUCCUUUUCCUGGACCGACGUGAACUGUAAAACUAAAUACACAUUGGUACCAUUAGUACUAAUGGUUGUGUAUUUGAUGUUCUUCAACUUUGGAUUUUCGCCGAUUCCGUGGAUUCUGAAUGCCGAGUUCUAUCCACUAUGGGCCAGAGGCACUUGUGUCAGUAUUGCCACUUUCUGUAACUGGUCAACUAAUCUUGUCAUAUCGCUGACAUUCUUAUCACUGACAAAUCUGUUGACCAGAUUUGGCACAUUUUAUCUUUACUCUGCCAUUACUUUUGUUGCCUUCUUUGUUUUCAAGAGCUAUGUGCCUGAGACCAAGAAUUGUUCGUUGGAUGAGGUGGAACAAUUGUUUAUGAAUGAAGAGGAUCGACUGUUGAUGAGGAAUAACAUGAAGAACACGUUUGAGAACAGUAGAAAAGCAAAGUAUACUGCGGAGACUGAUGCUGGGUCCUUUUCUUCGUAUCCUGCUUGA